GCCAACCAUCGCUUUUCUCCUUCCUUCUCCUCGGAAAGAAUACGAUCGCCACCCCCAGCUCUCCUUCCCUUAACCAACCUUGGAUUUGCAUCCGGACCAUCAAAAAACUUUUCCUUGCAAAAAGGGGCCUAACAAAUCUCUGCUGGAUCCAUGCAUCCGAGAAGGGACAACCGCAGCAACAGAGCUGCUUUAUUUGAUGGAAUUGAGGAAGGUGGGAUCCGAGCCUACUCGUCUCAUGAAAUUGAUGAACAUGAAAAUGAGAGAGCUGUUGAUGGUCUGCAAGAUAGAGUCAACAUUCUCAAAAGAUUGACUGGAGAUAUACAUGAAGAGGUUGAAAGCCAUAAUCGUGUGCUUGAUCGAAUGGGUAAUGACAUGGAUGCAUCAAGGGGCGUCCUCUCUGGCACUAUGGACCGAUUCAAGAUGGUGUUUGAGACCAAAUCCAGUCGCAGAAUGGCUACCCUCAUCGCAUCUUUUGUGGCUCUUUUCUUGUUCAUAUAUUACUUGACCAAGUAGCUUUAAAAACGGCUACCUAUGUCAAAUCAAGCUGCAAUGCUUAGCUUUAAGAAUUUGAUGAUAAACUGAGGUUUGCUUUUUCGGAACUGCUGAAACGGUACAUCACCCUGUAUUAUAUCCCCCCUUACAAAGUGAUAUCCUGGGAGCUGCAAGAUCUAAGAUGUUUGUAUAUAUCGUUAAAUGAAUUCGUGUUUUAUGAAUUUAUGUUCCUCGUCUUGCUCUGGUGUUUCAAGAAAAACAGGAUUCUUUCUCAA